CAGGAUGGGAGGGGGGCAAGGAUGGUCACUCUGGCCAGGCUGCAAGAAGGGCUCCCGGGCCUGAAGGAGGAGUAUUUCCACAGGAACAGGUUCGUCGAUCAAUACAGAAAAUCAGAAUACAAUGCUGCUGUAAUAAUUCAGAGUUGGUUUAGAGGAUGCAAAGUCCGAGCUUACAUAAGGUAUCUGAACAAAAUGAUGGUGUUUAUCCAAAAAUGGUGGCGAGGUUAUCAAGCAAGAAAAAUAUUCAGAAAAAUGGCAGAGACAGCAUAUUUUAUUAUGAAGAUGAAUUUCUACAAUGAAAUGGCUGUCAGGAUUCAAAAAAGAUGGCGAGGCUAUUACGUCCGAAAAUAUAUCCAUAAUUAUUAUGCACUGAAGAGGUACCUGGAAGCUAUUGCUUUGAAUAAUGAGAUGAUCAGGAAAGAACUGGAGGAGUUUGCUGAGAUGAAGGAGAAAGAGGAGGCAAAAAAAGCUCUCGAAAGAGAAGAAAGGAAAAAGGAUUACCUAGCCCGAAAGAUGCAUUACCUCCUUAGCACUGAGCAGAUUGCAGGUAUAUACAAUUCACCCUACAGAAAGUCACCUGAUCCAAUGGAAUUGCAGUUAAAGAAAGUUAAACCUUUGAAAGAAAAAAAGAAGCAAAUCUCAAAGGAACUUCACUGGCAAGCAGUGCCAGUUCUUCCUCCUAUUGAAAGACAAAAACCUCAGGGCCCCUUUCGUGAUCCUGUUGAAGUACAACAGCAGCGUUAUAAGCCUUUGGAAGAAUUUUUAAAGGUGGCAGCAUCAGAAGCAUCACUAAAGCUUGCCAGAGAAAAAUUAAAGCAGGAAGAAUGGCGAAAUCGUAUACACGACAAUGUGUUUUUGCCAUUUUCAGGCCAUGAAGCUGAUAAGUAUGUCCCAUCGAUGCAAAGAGCAAGUAAGUAUGGUCAGUCAAGUUACGGACUCAAAUAUUUUCGGGAGGAAUACCCAGAAAAGUGGAUCAACAAAAAGGACUUCUUAACAAGGCUUCCUUCUAUUCCCCUGUUCAGCAAGUUUGGUCAAGCCUACUCCAGAUCAGGACAAGUAGUGUAAAUAAUAUUUCUCUACCAAUCCGCUGUAUGAAAUCUUACUUGAGAGGAAUCAAGGUAUAUGCAUUACAAAAAAUAUAUAUUUUAAAGCAAACGUGUGACUACCAUGCUGUACUUGAAAGAUCACCACAUUCUACUUAUGACUCCCUCAGUAUAAACCCAGUUUUGGAAUAUUAAAUCCGGGAUUCUGAAGCAAUAAUCAAAUUGGACUAUAACGUGAAGUGCUUUUGUGAACUAAGUCUGAAACCAUCCUCAAGAGACUGAUCUCAAUCUUUCCUUUCAAUAUUCAGUUUCUAAUGUUAUUAUUGUUUGUCAGUUUUCUUCACUUGACAAGUCUUGAAAGUAAAAUCAUUUGUGGAAUAAGACCAACAGGAAGAAUUUGGUAAAUUAAAGUAACAAUAAUAAUUGUUUGACAGUUGUUUCUGAAGUGUAGCUGUUUUCUUUAGUUGAAAAGUGAAACAUAAAAAUUAAAUA